AUGGCUUCAUCUAAGAGUUGUUGCUUCCCCAUCUUUCUCUACUCCCUCGUUCUGCUCUCCAUGGGAGCAACAACGUCGGCUCAGUCCUUGGAGGUGGCUGCUCCGCUCGUCAGGCCCCCGCUGUCUCUUCCCCCCGGCCGUCGGACGGUGACCUGCACGCUGCGACAGUUCCCGUCCUGCUUCCAGGUCAGAGCCCGCUGCCCCGUGGGGUGUCCCACCAGCUGCUUCAUGGACUGCACCCUCUGCAAGCCGGUCUGCAGUAAGUUCUCUCCUUCACCUUUGACGUGUUCUCCAUGUCCUCUUCCAGCCUCCGUGGCUUCUAAAUCAUAUAACGAUCUCACUCUGGCACCUCUCCCUGGCAUCUUCACCUUCAUAAUCAAAGUUCGCAAGAGAUGAUCUUGCUCAUCUUCUCUCUCUCUACACUUACGUUUUUAUGCGAGUGUGGGAUCGCUGAUGCCGCUCUCGUCUCUCCAUACCGUAACGAAGACUGUGACCGGCCGGGGGCGGUGUGCCAGGACCCCCGUUUUAUCGGCGGCGACGGCAUAACCUUCUACUUCCACGGCCAGAGGGACCGAGACUUCUGCCUCGUCACCGACCGACACCUCCACAUCAACGCCCACUUCAUCGGCAAACGCGUCGGGGCCAACAACCGCGACUUCACCUGGGUGCAAUCCCUCGGUGUCCUCUUCCCCGGCCACCACCUCUUCGUCGGCGCCCGGAAGACAGCAGCUUGGGACGACGCCAUUGACCGCCUUGAGCUCGCCUUCGACGGCGAGCCCAUCAAGCUCCCUCCCGCGGAGGGCGCCGAGUGGCAUAGCCAGACUGCACCGCACAUAUCACUCACGAGGACCCGAGAUGCCAACGGCGUGGCGGUGGGGGUCGUCGCCCAGUUCGCCAUAAAUGCGGUCGUGGUACCCAUCACGGAGGAGGACUCGAAGCGCCAUGGGUACAACAUCACAGACGAGGACUGCUUCGCUCACCUGGACCUGGUUUUCACCUUCUACAAUUUGACGGACGACGUCCACGGCAUCUUGGGACAGACCUACCGGAAGAACAACCCCAGCAGAGCCAGGAUGGACGUGGCGGUGCCGGUCCUCGGCGGCGAGAAGGAGUUCGCCACGUCGGGCAUAUUCUCCACCGACUGUCUCGCCGCCAGAUUCCAGGCCGGCGGAGCUGCGGCGGUCGAAAAGAUGGGAAAGGAGCACGAGAACAUGGGGACGCCAAGGACGACGAUGCAGUGCCACAGCCGCCGCGCCAGCGGAUAUGGGAUGGCCUGCACGCGGUAG